UUUCAUCUUAAAGUAGAACAUAAUAUUUCAGAAGUUGCAUUUGAAAAAAUUCUUAAAUCUUUGGAAAUUCCUGGAAUAUCUCUUUUUAAACUUCAAAAACUUCUUGGAAAUAUUAUUCCAAUAAAACCAAUUAUUGUGGAUUGCUGCAUCAAUUCAUGUAUAGCAUUUACAGGUGAACUCAUUAACAAAGAUACCUGUCCAUACUGUAAGGAAUCUCGUUACAAAUUUAAUAAGGUUGCACGAAAAUGUGCUGCUUAUUGGUCACUUAAAGAUUCACUUCAGAUACAAUAUAAAGAUAAAGAUCGUUCAAAGAUACUUCAAUACCGACAUAAUUACACAUCAUCAAAUGAAUACUCUUUUGGUGACCAAAUAGGUGAUGUCUUUGAUGGGGUUCACUAUAAAGCACUAGUUUCUUCUGGAUUGUUUUCAGAUUAUCGAGAUAUUGCAUUAAUGGCAUCUACUGAUGGAUACCAAAUUUUCCGUCAGAAAAGAGAUGAUUGU